AUGACCCGGCGCCAAGUGGUGCCUGCGCCUUCACGUGCAAAACAUCUUCUCGCUGUUUACACAUUCGCUACAACCACCAACAAUGACAUGAACAGCGCGUUGCCCGCCGCGCAGCACCAGAUAUACCCCAGACGAUAUUUCGACAAGUCGCCAACAUGGUUCCAGUGGAACAAGCUGACGGUUGCCGACGUCAGCAACCUUAGGCAAGAGCCUGGGUUUGAAGGUGAGAUCUUCAACGCAUAAAUGCCCUCGAUUACACUGCUGACAUCAAAGAUGUAGGACAAAACAUCUACUUCUACAAAAACCACCCAAUCCAGUUCAUACGUCUCGUUGGCGUGAUUGUGCAAAUCGACAUAGUGGGAAAUGGAAGAUUCUGCCUCAUGACUCUGGACGAUGGCAGUGGCGCCAACAUCGAAGUCAAAGUCGAACGAAAGAAGUACCAGGCAACCCUGAACCAAGUGGAUUACCUGUCAGCCACGAAUGUCGAAGGCGAAGAACUUGAAAUUUUCAUCAGGUUGAGCCUGCCGGUCCUGCGACUCGAUCACAGCCCUCUCGAGAUCGGAGACGUGAUCAGAGCACAGGGUACUCUUACAGAAUUCCGGAAUCAGAAACAACUCCUUCUCAGACGAGUCUACCGCGUCCGGUAUACGAAUGAGGAAGCAGAGCACUGGCAGAAAGCGGCAGAGUGGAAGAAGGACAGACUCGACCGACCAUGGAUCUUAACACAGGCCCAACGUGACGAGGUAGAUGAUAAAAUCAGGCAAGGAGAGAUCAAAGAAAAGCUGAAGGCGAAAUCUCUUGCAAAGCACGAGAAGAAGCGAAAGCGACACGAAGCUCGGAGGGAGGAAGCGAGGCAAGCAGAGGAGGUGAAGAUGAAUGCUGGGGCACUCAAGGGUAGCGAAAUCUUAGUGUUGCCUUGGAACUGA